AUGUGUAAACACAUCCUCAACGCCCAGGUCGCAGUCCGCUCGCCAUGCUGCAAAAAAUGGUUCGACUGCCCCGAAUGCCACGCCGAGCAAGAAACCCACCCCCUCCUCCAACGCUUCGAAAUGAUCUUCGCCUGCAAAAAGUGCCGCAAGUGCUUCCGCAAGGACGCAUCCGAGUUCGAAGAGGCCGACGAGUACUGCCCGCACUGCGACAACCACUUUGUGCUGGACGCCGUCACGCCCAAGGCGGCGCUGACGGUGGAGGGCGCCGACGUGCGCGUGGAUAACCGUAUGAUCAAGGACGAGCGGACCAAGGCUGGGGCGGAGGGGCAGAAGAUUACGAUUUUUGAUCCGGAUGCUGAGGCGGAUAAGUUGGGUUGA